CGGAACCAAAAUGGCGUCGAGUUGAAGAGGUGUGGUAGGGACUCGUUUUUCAGGGAAAACGAGACCCAAGGAAAUACAUAACAUUGUCACGCCUGCGUUAUAUUUACAGUCUGAUGGAAACCGUUGGUCGCGUUCAAGCUGCUUAUUACGGCGAGAAAUUGGAUAUUAAAUACACCGUUGUCGUGAUAACCGAUUGACAUCACCUCAUGAAGCAAGGAUGUCCCAGUGGGAGAGGCUGAUGAAGCUCCCUACUGCGUUCACUCAGCAGUUACAUGACCUCUAUGACAGAGAGGGACUCCCCAUGGAUGUUCGCCAUUACCUGUCUGCAUGGAUAGAAUCACAGCAGUGGCAGCGAGCAGCAAACGACUACGACUUGGCCAUGGUGUUAUUCCAGGUCCUGCUUGAGAAUCUAGAUAUCCAGUACAGUCGCUUUGUACAAGAAGAGUUCUUCUUAAUGCAGCACAACAUUCGACGCUAUAAACAGAACUUUCAGCGAUACCUGGAGAACCCUUGUUCCUUGGCAAACACAGUCUAUUGGUUCCUAGAAAAAGAGAAAGAGAUAUUGAAGACUGCUGAUCUGGCUGAGCAGGUGCGGGUUUUACAAGUAGAACAAGGAGGCUUUGAGACCAGCACCCAGUGUGACCUUGACCGUAGAAUGGCCAGCCUUAAAAAUGAAGUGCAGUGUAUGGAACAUACUAUGAUGUGUCUGGAGGAGCAGCAAGAUGAGUUUGAUUUUAAGUACCAAACAUACUUGCUAGAAGCCCCACUAACAGACAACCCUGCAAACCCACAACAAGCAAAACUUCAGUCACUUAUCAACAAACUCAACGAUCGCAGAAAGAACACGCUGUCUGGCCUUAAUAAGCUCCUGGACAGAGCUGAGGACCUGAUUGAUGCUUUGGUGAACAAAGAGAUAGUGCAAUGGCAGAGGAGACAGCAAAAAUGUUGCAUCGGAGCUCCAGACAGAGUUUGUCUAGAUCAGCUUGAGAAAUGGUUCACGUGUGUUGCAGAAAGUCUCUUCCAGGUGCGUGAGUUCCUCAGUAAGCUGGAGGAGCUGGCUGGAAAGGUGACCUAUGAAAGGGACCCCGUGAAGGCCCAGAAACCCUUUCUGCAAAGAAAGACCGAAAAACUCCUUUCAGAUUUGCUCAAAAGUUCCUUUGUGGUUGAGACUCAGCCAUCCAUGCCUCAGGGGAAAGGUCCUCUUGUUCUCCGCACAGGUGUGCAGUUCUUUGUGAAAACCAGACUUCUCGUCAAGUUUCCUGAGCUGAAUCAAUCCAUGAAAGUCAACGUAUCAAUGGACCGGGAGACCCCUCAGAUAAAAGGAUAUCGUCAUUUCAAUGUCCUAGGAACCACAAGCAAAGCCUUGACCAUGUCAGAGAGUCAGAGUGGUGGCAUGGUGGCAGACUUAAGGCAUCUCAAUUUGAAGGAGCAGAAGUCAGGAGGGGGUGGUGGUAAAGGAGCCAAUGAUAUUUGUCUGAGCGUGACAGAGGAGCUACACAUCAUCUACUUCAACACUGUUUUUUCACUGAAAGGAAUGUCAGUUGAGUUGCAGGCCACUUCUCUACCGGUGGUUAUCAUCUCCAACUCCAGUCAGCAGCAGAGUGCCUGGGCAUCUGUGCUCUGGUUUAACAUGCUCAGCCAGGACACUAAAGAUGUGAUGUUCUUUGCAAACUCUCCAGUAGCCACUUGGCCACAGUUUGGAGAGCUGCUCAGUUGUCAGUUUCUGUCUGCCACCAAACGUGGUCUAAAUGAUGCACAGCUGGAAAUGAUCGCACACAGACUUUUUGGAAAGCAACAGAACUACGACUUCUGUAGUGUAGCAUGGUCCACAUUUUCAAAGGAAAACAGCCCUGACACAUUCUGGGUGUGGUUUGACAGUAUUGUGGUGAUGGUGAAAACGUAUCUUGAAAACAUGUGGAGAGAUGGCCUCAUCAUGGGCUUUGUGAGCAAAUGCAAAGAGAAGAUCCUCCUGAAGAAAAAACAAAGAGGAACCUUCUUAAUACGAUUCAGUGAAAGUGUUAUUGGAGGGAUCACCUUCUCCUGGGUGGAAAAUACUGCAACUGGUGAUCCCGAAGUAAAGACAAUCCAGCCAUUCACCAAAAAUGACCUCUCUCAGAUUCCCUUCCAUGAAAUUAUCAGGCAUUUCCUCAUCUUAAAAGAUGUCCCACAAAAUCCCUUACUUUAUUUAUAUCCCAACACUCCCAAAGACGAGGCUUUUGGAAAAUAUUACGCUGAUAAGAGUGGAAAUGACUCUCCUUACUUGAAGUACAUCCGAACCAGGCUAGUGUUUGUUUUAAAGGGGGACACACAGGAGGCUGUACCACACAUGACCACAGAUGUGGAAGAGGGAGAAGUCCUGCAGCCAAUGAAUGACCCAUGUGGUGAGGCUGCUGGGCAAAUCGAAGAUUCCCUGGAGCCUCAUCUGGUUAAUUAUUGUGUUGACCCCAUGCUGUGUGACACUGUUGCAAUCUCGGGAGAGGAUCUGAUGUAUCCCCCUAACUCUAACCACUUUUUUGACUCUGAAAUCUUCAUAGAAUGAACCCUUGCUUCCUUGAGUCAUCCUGCCAAAGUGUUCAAACAUCAGUUCAUGUCAGGUGUUCUGGUCCUCUGCAACUCCCCCGUUACUCACUGUUUAUUAUUACUAGAAGAAACUCAAACAAUUGUUUCCCACCGUUGUUUGGACCUUGUGUUUUUAAAAAGCAGACAUUCAAGAAAUAAAGGGUAGGUUUGAAAAUGGUGGAAAUGGGGUGUCUGAAUACAUACUGUAUAUUUGUUAGAACUUGCACUUAUAACGCUGGGCUUAUUGCCAGUUAAGAAUGCCACAUUGCAGGUGCUGUAACUGAUUUAUUGGAAAGCUUUGUGGUAGAAUUACAAUAUUUUUUACUAACACAGUGGGAAGUUAGGUCUAAUUUAAUCUAUUUUAUACCUACUCAUCAGUAUGCAAACUGUCAACUACUAAUUUGUAAUUACAUGUGAUUAUUUUUUCCAUCGUCAAUGUUGUAGAGGGCUUGUCCUUAUUAAGGUCGUGAAUUGAACCUAUCCCAGGUGACCUUUGGCAAGAGGGUACACCCUGGGUCACCUGCCAAUCGCAGGGCACAUAUACAGUAGACAAACAACCAUUCACCCCUAUGGACAGUUUAGAGUCUUAUAGUAACCUAACAUCCCAGAAAACCCACGCAAGCAUGGAGAGAACAUGUGGUCUUGAACUGACAUUGAGAUUCCAACAUGGACGGUACAUGGACCACUUGACCGUGAGGCAGACAUGGCACGACAUCAAUAUUUUUUGUAGUAUUUUACAUACUAUCAAACAACAUAUCUAUGUGAAAAGAGCAGAUAAUAUUCGGUAAUCAAAACAGGAAAGCGUUUCGAACAUCUGUUAGAGUGUUCCCAUUUAUGUUGCGCACUGUAGGGUGAAGUAAGGAACUAAUUUCUAAUUAGUUUCUCGGAACCAAUGUUCUCCAGACAUUGUCUGGAAAUCACUACUUGGUAGCACACCAAUUACUAAAAAGGAAAAAAAAAUGUUGAUUGACUUUACCGGUGGCUGAAAUCAUUCCAUGGGACGUAAACCAUGUUACUCCUUUCUUUUUAAUGUUGGACGUAUAAUAGAAAAUAUACAGAAAAUACAAAACACGUAAAACAUGAAAAGCAUAUAAAUACAUUUUGUUCAAUAUGCACGUGAAAUAUUGCAAGAAACUACUGUUGGGGAAGGUCUUAAAUGGUCUAAAGAUGGAGUUUGAAUCUCAGCUCAAUUUAAGGCUUAGUUAUUCAUCUCGAAUGUUAUUGCGUGUUGUUUAAGAAUGACUUCUAAUAUUUGUGCUGGGCACAUAAUUGUCACCCACGUCAGUCAGGGUUCUACCGUUAUUGAUAGUUUCCAUGCGAGUCAGAAGUUCCUCAAUAUGAAACAGUCUGAAACUUAUCAUCUUGUUCCAGACGGGAAAUUCCUGCUGAUUCUGCAACAUAGUGUUGUUUUUUUUGUCAUAACGUGACACAUAUGUUGUAACAAUGGAAUAUGUAUUACAAAAUAAGAGUUUGUUACAUACUUCACUUAAAUCUACCAAACACUAUGCAUUUAAUGGAGUCACCAAACAGUAAAAAGCUUGAAUCUGGCUAGACCAAUAAAUGCAAGGACAAGGAGCAUGAUGAAAGAAAGUAAAGAAAUUGACUUGAGCAUCUGUUUUGACUUUAAUUGACUUUAAUCUGUUCGCUCCUUUUCUCAACUGCUUCCCGCCAAUUCCACUUAUUUAGAAUAGUUGCUGGUAACUUUUCUGUCACAUUUCUUUACAGGAGGGGUCACUAACCUUUAAAAAACUAAUUAAUUAAUGAGAAGAGCCAUUAGUUUGAUACAGCACACAUUUACUGCUGUCACAAAAAACGAUAUUUCAACUCCAAACUACAUGUUUUCUCCUUCAAAGUAAUACUGGAGUCUAACGCACUUUCCCAACCUUCUCUUGUCACACCUUUACGCACUCCUGGAAAGAUUUUUCUGUGAUCCUCCACAGCUUCAAAAAUGCAGGUCAGCUGAUUAGGAAACUAUCUCCAGCAUGAUCAUGUUCUUCUCGGCUAGGAAAUGUGGGAUGCUCAGGGUAUUGUGAGCAGGUAUCGGUAUUGGAUCGAUCCGAUUUGAGCAAUAAUCAUAAUUUACUUGUUUUGUAGGA